CGAAUCCUACUUUAAGAACAUAAAAAGUGAAAUGACAUCUAGCGUGGGACGCCAUUUUUGAGCGUUCUUAUUUUAUGAAAUUUUUAAUAAAAAUGAUGCUGCAGUUGUUUUAACAGUGAUAGAGUUGAUGAAUUCCCUGCAAACUCGAGGUAUGAAGAGAUGUCAAGAUGUGGCUAAGGAGUGAAAUAAGAAGUCGAAGACUGAGAUUGUUUUCAUCAUGCAAAAUUUCAAGAAUCCGUAAACUAAUAAGGAAAAACAAAUGGGUAGAAAAGCCGAAUUAUUGUUAUAAUGGAAAAGCAAAGAAAGCUACUAUUAAAAACUCAAAACCACUUGAAUUAGAAUCACCCCCAAAAUUUACAGAAAAUAGUACGGAAAUCUUGACUGAGCAAAUUGUACCAGAAUUGAAUACUCAAGAAAAUAUAAAAGUUGAAGGAGAAGAGACAAUUGUGAAUUUAGCAAAUGCUGAAUUACCGCUGAAUAACAAUACAGCAGUUGAAGUUAAUCCGGAAAAGUUUUAUACUUAUAGCUAUAAUAAUGGAGCUGCUGAAGUAGUAAAUCCAGACCUACCUAAAGAUAUUGAAUACUCUACGAUUAAUCUAGGCAAUACAUUGGAAAUUGUCUGCGAAGAAACUUUAAAAUGUUCAGAAGUGGACAUGGUAGACAGGAAUGAAUUCGAUAAAUAUGGAUUUCCCGAGUUUUCAGACAAAAUUUGUGAUAGUAUGUAUUAUGAUUGUGGAGAAUUAAGGCAGGAUAUGACGGACCUGAGCAAUGUGUCUACUCAUGAUUUCUCUAAUUUGUUGGAUGAAGAGCUAACUAAGAAUAUGAUAGUGGAAAAUGUUUAUGAUUAUUCCAAUAUGUAUGCUGGAAGGUACUCUACGGAAAUGAUAGCUAGUGUGGUGCCAGCUUGUGAGGAGAGAUUGAAUUGCCAACCAGAACAUGUUGAAAUUGAAGAUACCUGGGAAGCUUUUGAUCCAUAUCUAUUCAUCAAGCAUUUACCCCCACUUACGUUUGAAAUGCGAUCUAAGUGCCCUGCAUUGCCAUUGAAAACUAGAUCAAGUCCCGAAUUCAGUUUGGUUUUGGAUUUGGAUGAGACCCUGGUCCAUUGCAGUCUCCAAGAAUUAUCGGACGCUAGUUUCAGCUUCCCAGUUCUCUUCCAAGAUUGCUCGUAUACAGUUUAUGUGAGGACAAGGCCCUUUUUCAGAGAAUUUAUGGAGAAAGUAUCGCAGAUGUUUGAAGUAAUCUUAUUUACUGCAUCUAAGAGAAUUUAUGCUGACAAAUUGCUGAACCUAUUAGAUCCUGAACGAAAAUGGAUCAAGUAUAGAUUAUUCAGAGAGCAUUGUGUUUGUGUUAAUGGUAAUUACAUAAAGGAUUUGACUAUUCUGGGCAGAGACUUGUCCAAAACCAUCAUCAUCGACAAUUCACCCCAGGCUUUUGGAUAUCAUUUGAAUAACGGAAUACCCAUUGAAAGCUGGUUUGUUGAUCAGAGUGAUUCGGAAUUGAUGAAAUUGAUUCCAUUCUUGGAGAAAUUGGUGACAAGUAACGAAGAUGUUAGACCCCAUAUCCGGAAUAAGUUCAAACUGUUUAGUUAUCUUCCUCCAGAUUGAGAUGUAGAAAAAUAUUUCCUUCAUAAGUUCACACUUUUUGAUUCAUCUCUGGUAAAGUAUAAGCUCAUACUAAUCUUGGUAUUUUACCAAACUAAAAAAAAAAAUUAUUAAAUAGAACAGUGUGCCUUCUUGGGAUUUGUUGAAUCGCGUGUGAAAUGUUUGCAAAAUUAAUAUCACAGUGAUGAUUUAUUCUAAGCAGUUGGCAUUGUUGAAAAAUUUCUCUGAUAUGUAUUCUUACGGACCAAUAGUUAAGAGUAAGUCCAAAUUUUAUCGAGCAGUAAAGAAGUUGUAAAGGUCGUAGAUCCUGAAAACUUGUUGAUACGGUGAUAUUUUUAGGUGAAAAUAAUCAUGGAUAGGUGAUGAGAAAUGAUAUAAUACAGGGUAUUGUUUGAAAAUCGGAAUCUUUUGGUUAUGUUUCAAUGAGGCGUUUAAUUCACAAAUUAGCUAUGGUUUUUUGUGCAAUUUGCAAAGUAUUUCAUUCAAAUGAUCUAUCUAUAAUGAAAGCUAUGUCCUGUCUAUUGAACAACAGUUGUUAAUGUUUUUAUGGUUUCAUUCAGAUUUAAAAUGAACUUGUGGGGGGGGGGGGGGGGGGGUAAUAACCCCAGUGAUAGGUAGAUUGAUUUUGAUUACUUAUGAAAUGAGUGAUAAGAAUCUUAAUAUUCCGUCUUGAAAAGAUAAUGUAUUUUUACAAAGUAAUAUUAUUUUGAGAGUAGAAAUAUGGUCAAAUAUUUAUAUAUGUAUAAAAUCUAAAACUUUAUUACUGUUUUAGCUGAUAAGAAUGGUACAAAACAGAGGUAAUGAGGUUACCUACGUUUUAAACUGUAAUAACACCGUAUCACCAAAUUUCAAGUAAUAUUUUAAAGUUUAUUUUCAAAUUUUUAGUUAUGAAUAUUUUUAAUCUUUGAGAAAGUGAGAAAAUAAUAUCAUUAUUCAUCAGUCUUCACUGUUCGAAGUUUAGUUGAGAUGAGUACUUACAGAUUUUAAAAAAAUUAUAAAGUUAUUCCUAAGCCAAUUUAAUGAUCAGAAUAUACAUCUCAAUUAUUCCAAUGUAAUUAUUUAAGUAGCAAUAUCACAAUGAAAGGGAGGUGGAGAUGAUUACUGGUUAAUUGUUACAAGUUCUAUUGAAGUGGUUAUGUUGAUACAGAAAAGUAGGGAUAUAUCGUAUAAUUUUUUCAAAUGUGAAUAUAUUUAUGUUGAAAAUAUUUUCUUGCUUAUUUGUGCAUUUUGUAAUUUUGUCCUUUUUAGUUUUUGAAUUAUUUUAUUUUGAUUCUGUAAAAUUUUGUGCAAUACUCAUAAACUAGAACUUUAAAUGUUCAUCAUUAUCCAAUGUUUUAAGAUUUGGGACAGUUUCUUCGAUUUUUUCGUCAGUAUUCAAUUGAAGGCAAUGGGGGAUGAAAUGUAACCAAUUUCAUAUAUUGUUUAUGCCACACCUAUUAGAAGGUAUAAAUAGCAUGGUUUCUCUCAAUUCUGAGAGUUUAUAUAUGUUUCAACUUGAGUAGAAUAGACUCGAUAUAACAAGAGCUUAAAUAACUAGAUGUUCAAAUUUUUAUUUUCACCACAAAGAUUUUUCCCUUAUGUAUUUCUCCAUUCAUAGGAUACAAAUUAUUUUUUUUUUUCAAGAAGUGCUGUAAAUAAGUGGCUUGAUCUUUUUGAAAUUUAUUUCAAUGAUAAUGUGCACAUAAAAUAAAUCCAUUUUGAUGAUAUAUAUUGAUUAGGAAUCAUAGAAAUAUUUGAUUAGGAGAAUAUAGCAAAUAUUAUAGGAAAUGAUGAAGAAAUUAAGGCAUAUCUACUUAAAAAGAAUGGGGGGAACCAUGCUUGUGUCCAGUGCAGUUCUGAAUUAGUUUUUUCAUGUCUAGAUUUCAAUAGACUUAUUUCCUUCUUCUAUAUGUUCCAUUUUCAUAAACUGGCCAAUAAUAAUGAAACAAAUAUUUGAGAUUGGAUAACAAAAUGUUCUAUCAAAUCUAUGAAUUAUCCCAACGAAGUUUAUUUUGUUGUUAUAUUUUGAAAUUUUCAUACCCAAUAUAAGAUAAGUGUUGUAUGUUUUAUAUUUUAUUACUGAAAUUGUUUAAAUAUUCGAAAUGUUAGUUGGAAUAUAGUCACUUGUUGAUGAAUAUUCUAAUAGAACUUUGUUCAAGGACAUAUUUUCAGUCUAAUUUGUCUUAUUAAUAAUCAUGAAAUUCAUAGGUUGUCAUUAAAACAUUAAUGGUA